AUGACGUUGAAUGCAGAAGAUCACAGGCCAUGGCUCAUCCACUGCAAGGUGCUGCCCGCCAACCACCGCGUCACCUGGGACUCGGCGCAGGUGUUCGACCUGGCGCAGACCCUCCGCGACGGGGUCCUACUGUGCCAGCUGCUCAACAACCUCCGGCCGCACGCCCUCAACCUCAAGGAGAUCAACCUGCGGCCGCAGAUGUCCCAGUUUCUCUGUCUGAAGAACAUAAGGACAUUUCUCACUGCCUGUUGCGAGACGUUUGGAAUGAGGAAAAGCGAGCUCUUUGAGGCAUUUGACCUGUUUGAUGUUCGUGACUUUGGAAAGGUUAUAGAAACCCUAUCUCGGCUUUCCCGAACUCCUAUAGCGUUGGCCACAGGAAUCAGGCCCUUCCCGACAGAAGAAAGCGUCGACGAUGAAGACAUCUACAAAGGCCUUCCUGACCUGAUAGACGAGACCCGUGCGGAAGAUGAGGAAGGCCUCUAUGACUGUGUGUACGGGGAGGACGAAGGCGGCGAAGUCUACGAGGACCUCAUGAAAGCGGAGGAAGCACAUCAACCCAAAUGUCCUGAAAAUGACAUAAGAAGUUGUUGCCUCACAGAAAUCAAACAGACAGAAGAAAAAUACACAGAAACCCUGGAGUCCAUCGAGAAAUAUUUCAUGGCACCACUAAAACGAUUCCUGACAGCCACAGAAUUCGACUCGGUAUUCAUCAACAUUCCUGAACUUGUGAAAAUUCAUCGGAAUCUAAUGCAAGAGAUUCAUGACUCCAUUGUAAAUAAAAAUGAUCAGAAUUUAUAUCAAGUUUUCAUUAACUACAAGGAAAGGUUGGUUAUUUAUGGUCAGUACUGCAGUGGAGUAGAGUCGGCCAUCUCUAGUUUGGACUAUAUUUCUAAGACCAGAGAAGAUGUCAAAUUAAAAUUAGAGGAAUGUUCCAAAAGAGCGAAUAAUGGGAAGUUCACUCUUCGAGAUUUGCUUGUGGUCCCCAUGCAACGCGUGCUGAAGUAUCACCUUCUUCUCCAGGAACUGGUUAAACAUACCACUGAUUCCACCGAGAAGGCAAAUCUGAAACUUGCUCUUGAUGCAAUGAAGGACCUGGCACAAUAUGUGAACGAAGUGAAAAGGGACAACGAGACCUUGCGUGAGAUUAAACAGUUUCAGCUAUCUAUAGAAAACCUGAACCAACCAGUUUUGCUUUUUGGAAGACCUCAGGGAGAUGGUGAAAUCCGCAUAACCACUCUGGACAAGCAUACGAAGCAGGACAGGCAUAUAUUCCUAUUUGACUUGGCAGUGAUCGUGUGUAAACGAAAAGGUGACAACUAUGAAAUGAAGGAGAUAAUAGAUCUUCAGCAGUACAAGAUAGCCAACAACCCUACCACUGAUAAGGAGACUAAAAAGUGGUCUUAUGGUUUCUACCUCAUCCAUAUCCAAGGACAAAAUGGCUUAGAAUUUUAUUGCAAAACAAAAGACUUGAAGAAAAAAUGGCUGGAACAGUUUGACAUGGCUCUAUCCAAUAUCAGGCCGGACCACGCAGACGCCAAUUCCCAUGACUUCAAAAUGCACACCUUCACUCGGGUCACAGCCUGCAAGGUCUGCCAGAUGCUGCUGAGAGGGACGUUUUACCAAGGCUAUUUAUGCUUCAAGUGUGGCGCGAGGGCACACAAAGAAUGUUUGGGAAGAGUCGACAAUUGUGGCAGACUUAAUUCCGGUGAACAAGGGACGCUCAAACCACCUGAGCUGUUUGGAGCUUUGGAGCUGUUGGAGCUUCGUAAACAUGAUAUUAAGAAGCUCACAUCACAGACACUGAUCUUGCGCCACAGUGGAACUGUUAGCACUGGGAGUCUGGGCCUGCCCAAGAUGCAGGUCAUUAGGAACUACACUGGGACGCCACCCCCUGCUCUCCAUGAAGGACCCCCACUGCACAUCCAGGCCGGGGACACGGUUGAACUUCUGAGAGGAGAUGCACACAGUCUGUUUUGGCAGGGUAGAAAUUUUGCAUCUGGAGAGGUUGGAUUUUUUCCAAGUGAUGCUGUCAGACCGUGCCCAUGUGUGCCCAAACCAGUAGAUUAUUCUUGCCAACCCUGGUAUGCUGGAGCAAUGGAAAGGUUACAGGCAGAGACUGAACUUAUUAAUAGGGUAAAUAGUACUUACCUUGUGAGGCACAGGACCAAAGAGUCAGGAGAAUAUGCAAUUAGCAUUAAGUAUAAUAAUGAAGCAAAGCACAUCAAGAUUUUAACAAGAGAUGGCUUUUUCCACAUUGCAGAAAAUAGAAAAUUUAAAAGUUUAAUGGAACUUGUGGAGUACUACAAGCAUCAUUCUCUUAAAGAAGGGUUCCGGAGCUUAGACACAACUCUACAAUUUCCAUACAAGGAGCCAGAACAUUCGGCUGGGCAGAGGGGUAAUAGAGCCAGCAAUAACUUGCUGAGCCCCAAAGUGCUGGGCAUCGCCGUUGCUCGGUACGACUUCUGCGCGAGGGACAUGCGAGAACUGUCCUUGUUGAAGGGCGAGGUGGUGAAGAUUUACACGAAGAUGAGUGCCAAUGGCUGGUGGCGAGGAGAAGUAAAUGGCAGGGUGGGCUGGUUUCCAUCCACGUACGUGGAAGAGGAUGAAUAAAUGCGAAUCCAGCGGUGGGAUAAACAGAGAAGGGAUAAACAGAAGACUGCAAGGCUCUCGGAAUUAACUGAAGUGUUUAAAAAGCGGCGUGUCUGGCACUUCAACACACUCCUCUCCCCCACCCCCUCCGGCCCCUCCUAAGUCUUAAUGCCAGGAUUUCUAAAGAUGCUGGUACUGACAGAUUAAUGGCUUGCCUGAAGCUGGGCAAGAAACAGCCCGCCAGUCUGUCAUUGUCAGGGACCAGGGCAAAGCCCAAAGCUGUUCUUCUCAAAAGAGCUCCGACGCAGACGCGCUGGUUCAUGUUUCUCUUUCCUCCAUCCGGUCAGACUCCAUGAAAGCCAGCCAUUAGUACAUGUUGAAUGCAUAUUUACUUUUCUUCCCCCGCGUCCCAUUCACCAGAAAUUGUCAUCGUAUGAAGAGCCGGAAGCUCAAUUUUUCAUUUCCCAGCAAGAAGAAAGCGAGGCCUCCGCCGUUUGGACUGCUUACUGGAAGGACGAGCCUUCCUUCCCUUACAGCGUCCGGCAAGGUGACUCAUUGCCUGGCAAGCACGUGCACCGCAGAUGCUCCUCGGGGUGAAACUAGCAGGGAGAUUGCCCAGGUUUGCUUCCUAGGAGAUCUACGGACGCCACGGGAGCUUUGAUUCUUCAUUUGAUUGCCUGGUUAUGUUUGCAAACUAUUUUUUUUUAAGGAAAAAGUACAGCAGAUAAAUUUUCAAUGUUCAUGAGGUGGUUUUGGAAAUGCCAUGCUUCAGCUUCUGAAGUAACCCUGCCCUGGGUGUUCUGGGUGGCAGCAUGGGCAGCACCCCUGAAGCAGUGCCCUUGCUUACAGAAACAGAUCAAGGGCAUCGGUGAGAGCCGGUCAUGGUAUAGGAACAGGAUCCACUAACACCUGCCUUUCCUCCCUUAAAGAAGCUUUGGGCCAGAUGUGCCCACUCCCAAUUCCCCUUGAAUCUCCAGGGUGGCCCGGAUGGCUUUGUUGAGGAGGCUCCAAGACAAGCACAGGUGUGUCCUUUAUGCAUUUCUGGGAACGCAGAGGGACGCUGGGCUUUUCAGGUGUGGUUCACUGUGGGCUCCCAGCUUCUCUAGGAAGGCUUCCCUCUGGAGACCCCCCACGGGGCUCUAGUGACUGGUGGGAGGAUGCGCUUUGCCCCCCGUGUAUUUACAAAGCCUUCCCUGUUUGAUGGGAGGAGUCUAACUAGGCUCCGCCUGGGAUGCGCCCAGGCCCCAGCCAGGGCAGCUAGGACACUAACAUGGCCCUUUACUGAUUAGAUCCUUUCUCCAAAGCAGAAGCCAAGUUUGAAAGGUUAUGCAGUGUUUCUGGUUUAAAAGAAAGAGGAAGAAAGAAAGAAAUUAGAAGUGUCAGCAUAACAGGGCCAGGCUAGGAACAUUCGGUUCUGAAAUUUUAGAUCACCCCUGCAAUGGGGUGUGGGGUAGGUAUGACUGCCCACUCCCCAUCCACUUUGUUGUCAGAACCUGAGGUUUGGGCAGUGGGUCCCAUGAGCAGAGACCCACAUGGGAUAGGACUUCUCAUCUAGGAUAGCGUCAGGGCGUUUACCUCGGAAUCAUCCAACUGUGAUUGUGUUUUAGAAAAACGACUGUUUGCUGAAACCCGUUAGUGUUGUAUAUGUGUAAAUGAUCUCCAGUGUGUGUUUAAGCCGAUGUCUGUACAGUAAGUUCUACCCUGGGAGAAUGGUCUUAGAAUGCAUAUCCUUUCUUAUCAAGUCUUAUUGGUGACCCUGUAUCGGGGGAAUGUUCUGUCUGUGACUGUCAGCCAAAUGUUGUUUUGGGGAGAAGCAGCUUCACCCAAGUGAUGUGUGGACAGCAUUGUAGCUUGUGUUGUUUGGUUUAGCAAAUCGACUCCCACCCUUCAACAUGGCAUCUGGUCUUCCUGUUGCAUUUCAUGGACCAGGAGUGUCUCCUAGCAGAGGAUAUUGGCACCCCCUUUUUGACAUACAGCUCUUUGUCUUUAAUAUUUUGUAUUGGAAACUUUAAAUGCUGCGAAUUUAUGUAGAUUUCUAAUACCAAAGACAGAAGUACAUGUUUUUCCAGAUACUUUGUCUUGCCUGUAUGCAGCCCUGUGUAAUAUGGUGACUCGUAGUGGUGUUUCACUUUGUAACAUUUUGUAAAUAUGUCAAUACAAUAAAUAGUGACUACUUGCAUUAAA